AUCUAUAGGGAUGCUCUUGGGCUACCACCUUCUCUGGUCACGCACCGCCAAUGUGGUCGGCAACGAUGAGCAGGCGGACCGGCUGCAGAAACUCAUCAUCGAGAACAACUACUACGUCGGCGGCGCCGUCAACCCGCGCGACAGUGACCUCAAGAUCACCUAUGACGACGAGAAGAUCACGUACAACGGCUUCAAGAACUUCACCACAGGCGCCGCCGUCUCUGACCUGAUCGUUCUCGAGGGCGCCGUGGAGGGACGCCCCCCAGAGGAACACAUCUUCGCCAUUGUCCCGACGGCCCAGGCGGGCAUCAUCUUCAGCUACAACUGGGACAAUAUCGGACUGCGCUUGACCGAGUCGGGUGCUGCCAAGAUCGAGAAUGUGUCCGCACCGUGGGCAGAUGCUCUCGGGUGGGAUCCAGCGACCAAGAAGCCCGAUCCGGCAGUGCUAGGGAUUGCCUUCCCGUCACUGCUGCUGCCUAGCAUCCAGCUCGUCUUUAGCAACUUCUACCUCGGCAUAGCCAUUGGCGCGCUGGAGUUUGCCAAGCAGUACACCGUCCGCCACACUCGACCAUGGCCGUACGGCGGCGAGAACAAAUCCGCUGCGACCGACGAGUUCUAUAUCCUCUCCACCUACGGCAACUUCUUCGCGCACCUGCGCGCGGCCGAGGCACUCGCCGACAAGGCCGGCGAGGAGGCCGACAGGAUUUUUGCCACGUACGGGAACAACCGGGCGGCACUGACGGCCCGGGAGCGGGGCGACUGGGCCGAGUGGGUGGCCAGCAUCAAGGUGGUGGCGACCGACACGGGCCUGCGGGUGACGUCGGGCGUCUUCGAGGUGACAGGCGCCCGGGCGACGGCGAGCAAGGUCGGGCUCGACCGGUUCUGGCGCGACAUCCGCACGCACACACUGCACGACCCGGUGGCGUACAAGAACCGCGAGCUGGGGAGGUACUUCUUGCUGGACCAGGUGCCGGAGCCGACGUGGUAUACGUAAAAGAAGAAAGAUGCGAAGCGAAUGAGUGGAUUAGGUAUCGGCCGGCGAGAAGCGUCUUACGUACCGAAUCUCUCAUAUAUCCAAUUAUGUCUGCUCAAAUUUCCCUUCUUUGCAUCACCGGCUUUGUCAGCCAUGCAUUGACCCGACGACAAAAGACAAGGGAGAAAGGAAAAAAAAGAAAAAAA